UAGGGUGGAGCCGGCAGAGCGGAACCGACCUUGUGGUCCCCGUCCGCGAUGCCCCAGGCGACUUGGUGGUACCGAGGAGGGACUUCAAAACAUGACCUGCAUUACAGAAGGGAAGCGGAGGUUAACACCACACUUGAGGAGUUGUUACUCUACUUUAUAUUUUUAAUAAAUCUAUGCAUAUUGACUUUUGGGAUGGUCAAUCCACACAUGUACUACUUAAACAAAGUCAUGUCAUCUCUCUUUGUGGACACUUCUCUACCUGAUGACGAAAGAAGCAGCUUUAGGUCCAUUCAGAGCAUAACUGAGUUUUGGAAGUUCAUGGAAGGACCCCUCCUGGACGGCUUGUACUGGGACUCGUGGUACAGCAACAAACAGCUGUACAAUGCGAAGAACAGCAGCCGCAUCUACUACGAGAACAUUCUUCUUGGCGUCCCCAGAGUGCGGCAGCUGCGAGUCCGAAACAACACUUGCAAGGUCUACCCGGCUUUCCAGUCACUGGUCAGCGACUGUUAUAACAAGUACACGGCGAAAAACGAAGACCUCUCUGAUUUUGGCCUCAGACACAAGCCAGAAUGGAAGCACUUGCCUUCUUCAGGCACCGCCCCAUGGCACUGGGGGUUUGUGGGUGUGUACCGAGAUGGAGGAUAUAUAGUCACAUUGUCAAAGUCAAAAUCUGAAACCAAAGCCAAAUUUGUUGACCUGCGACUGAACAACUGGAUUGGCAGAGGGACCAGGGCUGUUUUUAUUGAUUUCUCAUUGUACAAUGCUAAUGUCAACCUGUUUUGCAUCAUCAGGCUGUUGGCAGAGUUCCCCGCGACCGGAGGGCUUCUCACCUCCUGGCAGUUCUACUCCGUGAAGCUCCUCAGAUACGUCUCCUACUACGAUUACUUCAUUGCCUCCUGUGAAAUCAUAUUUUGUAUUUUUCUUUUUGUCUUCAUAAUACAAGAACUGAGAAAACUGAGUAGGUUUAAGUCUGCCUAUUUCAGAAGCGUCUGGAACUGGCUAGAACUGCUGCUUUUGCUGCUCUGUUUUCUUGCUGUGUUUUUCUACGCAUACUGUAACCUGCAGAGCUUUCUCUUACUUGGACAGCUGUUGAAAAACACUGAAAGCUAUCCGGACUUUUACUUUCUUGCAUACUGGCACAUUUACUAUAACAACGUAAUUGCUAUCACUAUCUUCUUUGCAUGGAUAAAGAUAUUCAAAUUCAUCAGCUUCAAUGAGACAAUGUCUCAGCUGUCGUCAACGCUGUCCCGCUGCAUGAAGGACAUCGUAGGGUUCGCCAUAAUGUUCUUCAUCAUAUUCUCCGCCUACGCCCAGCUGGGAUUUCUUGUUUUUGGGUCACAGGUUGAUGACUUUUCCACUUUCCAGAAUUCCAUAUUUGCACAAUUUCGAAUUGUCCUCGGGGACUUUAACUUCGCUGGCAUCCAGCAGGCCAACUGGAUCUUGGGGCCCAUCUACUUCAUCACGUUCAUCUUCUUUGUGUUCUUUGUGCUCCUGAACAUGUUCUUGGCGAUAAUUAAUGACACCUAUUCUGAAGUGAAGGCUGAUUAUUCAAUAGGCAGAAGACCAGAUUUUGAACUUGGUAAAAUAAUUAAAAAGAGUUGCUUUAAUAUUCUCGAGAAACUCAGACUCAAGAAAGCUGAAGAAAAUGAAGACAAGAAAAUGAAAACCGCUGGAGACUUGGCCCAACGAGCCAGAAAAGAAGGCUUUGAUGAAAGUGAGAUCCAAGAGGCAGAGCAGAUGAAACGGUGGAAGGAAAGGCUUGAAAGAAAGUAUUAUUCUACAGAAAUCCAAGGCGAUUUCCAGCCUGUCACUCAGCAGGAAUUCCGAGAACUCUUCUUAUAUGCGGUGGAGCUUGAGAAGGAAUUACACUACAUCAGUUUAAAACUGAACCAGGUGCUGAGGAAGCUGCACUAGCAUGUU